AUGGCGUUGGACAUUCAACCACAUUCAAUUGUAGAAGAUCUUGGUUUUAGAAAAUUAAUUAAAGAGCUGUGUCCUAAUUAUCAAAUACCUAGUAGGAGAUAUUUUAGUGAAAACAUUAUUCCACAAAUAUAUAAUAAACUAUUUAGUUCUAUCAAGAGUAAUAUAUCUUAUGCCAUUCAUAUCUCUCUUACAGCUGACAUUUGGACAGCAAAUAGUUCAAAUGUUGCCUUCAUAAGCAUGAAAGCACACUGGCUCAGUAAUGAAUUUUCCCAGCACAGAGCAGUACUCAGAGUUAUGCAUUUUCCAGAAAGUCACACAGGAAAAAACAUAAGUGAGUAUUUACAUAAAGGUUUAGUAAGUUUUGAAAUUCCACACUCAAAAAUUCAUAUUGUUUUACAAGAUAAUGCAGCCAAUAUGGUAGCUGGUGUAAGAGACAGUGCUUGUUGCAGACGUCUGGCAACUCAUUUUCACUAUUCCCCAACAGCAGCAGCAAAAUUAGAAGCAAUUCAGGAACAACUUGGUACAAAUAAGCACAGGUUAAUCCAAGAUAUUACUACAAGAUGGAACAGUUCUUAUGAUAUGAUUGAAAGGAUGCUUGAUCAAAAAGUUCCUUUGGCAACUUAUAUAGCUGAUCAUCCUACCCAAUCAACACUAAAUUCAUUUCAAUGGGACUUAUUAGAUAAAGUGUUGCAUAUUUUAGAACCAUUUAAAACUUUAACCAUUAAUUUCAGUAAACAUGAAUCAUAUUUGUCAGAUGUUAUUCCUUCAAUUAUGGCUCUGAAAGAAUUUUUCAAUCAAGCAUUAGUAUGUGAGGCUUUUUUAACAAUAAAUACUUUAGUUGAACAUUUAAGUGGGUCAGUAGACAAAAGAUUGGGCCCAUAUUUACAUGAUAAAUAUUUAUGUCUUUCCACUUUUUGUGACUCUAGAUAUAAAUUGACAUAUCAAAAGGAAGACAAGGAUAAAAUAAAAAAUUGGAUAAAUGAUAAAGAUAAAACAGAUGCAAGAAAUGCAACAAAGUAA